ACCUAAACAACCCUGAGAAGCGUGUAAGCGACGCUUGUCUAAUUUUAUAUACUUAAUGCAUUGCUUUUGUCUUGAAUUGAUGUCAAGCCUUUGGGAAUAAGACAAGGGGAUCAAACAGAAGCAGAAAAAUGGAUUUCCCAGAGAGAAGAGUGAUGCAGGAGGAUGUCGUUCAGUACAAACUGUUCUUGAUCCAGUCGGAGUGUUUAUCUUCACAACAGACUCAGAACCGACUGACGCACCUCACUGAAGAGAUUUUGGCAAAAGUUGCUCCUCUUCUGAUGCAGUAUAUCUGGCAACAUCAGCCAUUCAACCUCAAAUACCAUCCUGAGAAAUGUGGUGUUCCUGCACACAUUGGUGGCAGUACACAGUUCGGAGACAACGUUGAGGAUGAAUGGUUUAUUGUUUACCUCCUGCAGCAAAUCACAAAGGAUUUUCCAGAACUUGCAGCCAGAGUCGAGGACAACGACGGGGAGUUUCUUCUGAUUGAAGCAGCUGAUUAUCUUCCCAAGUGGCUGAAUCCAGACACCAGUGAGAACAGGGUUUUCAUUUAUCAGGGAGAACUCCAUAUUAUUCCAUCCCUCUCCAAGUCCAGUUCUGUGGGUUUCCCCAAGGACGUCGUGCCGGGCGUGGAGCAGGCUCUGGCUCUCCUUUCCACCAACACAGAAGCUUGUCUGGCCAGCCCCAAGAUUCGCACGGCUGUGAGGAAAAGAAUAGCAGGGUACCCUGAAAAGAUAAAAGCUGGUCUCCACCAUGCCCACUGCUACAUCCCUGCAGGAAUUGCCUCUGUGUUGGCUCAGCGACCAGAUCUGGUCGCUCCUGCAGUUUCAGCCUUCUACCUGCGAGACCCAGUAGAUCUGCAGGCGUGUCGAAGAUUCAAGACUUUCCCUCCUGAUACCAGGGUCCUCACCAUGGUGACGUUCUCGCGUUGCCUGUACGCCCAGCUGCAGCAGCAGCAGUUCACCCCCGACCGGAGGAGCGGCUUCACUCUGCCUCCUCGCUCUCAUCCCCAGUACAGAGCUCACGAGCUCGGCAUGAAACUGGCCCAUGGCUUUGAGAUCCUUUGUUCCAAGUGCAGAACGCCUUCUUCUGAGCCCGACGCUCCGGUCAGCUGCAACCCUCAGUGGAAAGGCUUCAUGGCCAGUCUGAAAAAGAAUAACUACUUUCGGGGCGAGCUGGAGGGUUCUGCUCGUCACAAACAACUCACAAGAUCUGCAGAAAACUUCUUCAAACAGUCUGUCGUCUCAACGUCGAGCGUUUUAACCCCGGGUGAAGAAAUUCUCCGGCUGCUGCAGGACUGCGACACACUCGCCGUGGAAGAGCUGAAGAAACAGGAGUCACAGCUCCCACAGGAGGACAGCGACAGCUGGCUGGACAUCACGGCUCAGGAUCUGGAGUGGAUGUUGCAGGAGAGAAGCGGGAUCAGAGCCGACGUUGGCGGCCAAAGCUCCGGUUCCUCCGGACAGCGUGUCGGAGGCACAGAGGACAGGGCGAAGGAGGGCGAGGACAGCGAGGAGGAAGAGGUGGCUGGCUACAGCCUGGUGGCGGUCAGUCAGGGGAUGAAGAGCUUCCUCAACACCAUGUCGUCACACGAGGGGGCGGAAUUACCCUGGAGCAGUUCAGCUCAGCCCUUUAAUGUUGAUCCAGAAUCCAUAUCCAGCGCACUGGAUAAGCUACUGGGAGGCAAAGCUGAGGAGCUGGACUCAGAUGAUCUUGACGACGACGAUGAUGAUGAUGAAGAUGAUGAUGAAGUUGACGACAAGGUGAAAGAAGAAGACGACUCCUCUGGUAACGCAGAGACAGAUGGGACGCAAACUCUGGACAGUCUCAAAAGUUACAUGGACCAAAUGGAUGAGGAGCUGAUGAACACCAAUAUCGGACAAAGCUUCAGUCAGACGAAUUACAACAAAAAGGCCUCGGACAGCAGCCGCCUCCCCCCCUUCUCUUUCGGAGACGGCUUCCCGGCGGAGGGAGAUGAAGGAGAGACCGAGGAGCCGGGCGAGAUCCAACCUUUAGACGUGGACUUCAAUCUGGUCAGCAACCUGAUGGAGUCCCUCAGCUGCCAGGCCGGGCUGGCCGGGCCGGCCUCCAACCUGCUGCAGAGCCUGGGCGUACACCUGCCGCCCAACUCCGACCCCGCCUGACAGGCAGGGGGCGCACCGGCGCCGAGGAAAAGUAAAUGUUAGGAGUCUUUCUCUGAAGACCAGAUGAUAAACCAUAUUGGCAACUGCUAUUUCAAUUCACUGUUGAGAUUAAAUAUUCUCAACAAAAUCCUGGCACUUGUGUUUCACCCUCCACUGUUAUUGUACAGAAAAUGCAAAUGGUGUCUUUUUUUUGUAGAAAGUCAUAUCUCAUCAACUCCAAAUGAGGUUCGUGCUGCUUAGUAUGUUGAGAUUGUAUCAAGAAAUUUUGUAAAACUUAUGUUUUCUUCACAUUGACGUUUAUUAAUAAAUAACCACUGAUACA